AUGAGAACUUCAUUUGGGAAAAGAUUCUCCAAGAUGCUCUUCGUGGACCGACAAAUCCUUUUGCUUGCUUUGAUUUGCUCUGGUGCUCUCAUGUGCAUAAUCGUUUAUGACUUGAAUCGUUUCAUAAGUCCAUUGCUCUUUGGUGUUUAUGGAAAACUCGACAGCAAAGUUAGAAUGGAAUGGAACAAUAGGGGUUUCUCAACCUUUCAUGCUAUUUUGACUUAUGUGGCUUCAAUCUAUCUCUUGGUGAUAUCAUAUCAGUUUGAUGAGAAUGUUCAUGGUGAUGCAGUCAUCAAUAGUACAUCAAAGUUAUCAGAGUCUGUAAUGGGGAUUAUGUCCUUAGGCUAUUUUCUAUCAGACUUGGCAAUGAUGUUUUUGCAUUUCCCUGCUCUUGGUGGUAUUGAAUACGUUUUUCAUCACUUCUUAUCGAUGCUUGCGAUCAUUCUUUCUGUCACAAGUGGGCAAAAUCAGUUCUACAUCUUCAUAGUUCUCUUAUCAGAGGCCACAACUCCGUUUGCUCUCACGAUUAAUCUACGGACUCACCACAAAUCAUCUUUCAGAAGCAAAGCAGUGCACUUUGUCACCGAUCUCAACGCUGGUCUUCUUCUUAAUCCCAUCUCUGAUAAACCCCCCUCCUCUGCUUCUCCUCCUCUUCCGGGUGAGGAAGAUGAGUCUAAUAAGAGAAAUCAACUAGAGUCUAUCACUGAGGAGCAGCAGCAGCCUAAGAAGGAUUUGGUAGACUAGCCAGAUACUUCUCAUUUCUGUGCAUUCCUUGGUUCACUAUUGUCUUCAGAUCCCAAAGACAAAAAGAACGAUCAGGAUCAAGACGAAGAAUCAGAAGAAGAAGAA